AUGUUGCCAGGUUAUGAAUACAUCCAUUCAUUUUUGGACGAGAGCACUGGUUUAACGGUAUCUAGCAAGUUCGUGCUACCUUUGUACCAGCACAUUGUCAACGUAAGGCAUCCUAACAUGGCUUUCCUUGGCGUUGUUAAGCAAGUUAUUACCAGAGUGAUGGAUGCACAGGAUCAUUACUUCGCCAACUUAAUAAAUGAGGGCGGUGUGGUACGAGCAACGCCAGUACUUACAGAAAUACGAGACUUCAAUGCUAAGAACCGUCUAGAUGAUUUGUUGAACUACCGAGACUAUGAUUAUGAGACACAAGACAAUAAUCACUACGAUAGAAAGUACAAUCCAAGACCAGAGAAUACGUGCCCUGUACUGUAG